UGAAAAUUAAAUAUAUAAAUUAAAAAUAAAUAAAUUUGUUCUAUAAAUGCAAUAACUACUUCCUAAAGAAUUUUUGGCAUCUGCUAACAUUUAGCAAGCGAUAGUCAUUGAAUUUGAAAACAAGAAAACAAAUGUUAUGAUUAAAAAAUACGGAAACGACUAAUAUUUUAAUUUAAAGAAUCUGAAUCAUAUCAAGAGGAUCAGAAAGUCUGAAGAAAACCCAUCAAAUGUCUAAUUUUUUCUGAGAUUAAAAGAUGAUUUUAAUGAAGAGGUAGAGUAAAACAUCCCUGAAGAAAUCAAUCCAUAUUCUUUAAAAGAAGUGGAGGUUGCUGUAAACAUACCAAGGACAAAGGAAUAAUAUUAGCAAUUUAACAAGUAUUGGCCUAUUACCUAUAAAGUAUAGCAGUAUGAAAUAGUGCAGUUUACUGAUUUUGAAUAGUAAGAAAUUAAUCAAGUAAUGAGAUAAUGCAUUGAUUAAGCCAAGCAAACGUAUGAAAAAAAUAAUAAAUUUAAUGCAUGUGCCAUUUAUGAUCCAAUUAAAAAGAAAAUCCUUUAAUUUGCAGUUGAUGAAACUUGCAGAAAGCAAAAUAGCAUUAAACAUUGUACUAUGAAUGUUAUGAAGCUAUUUGGCUAAAAUUAUAUAGUAACUGCCUAGCAAAAAGCAAGUAUUGAAAAAGUCAAAGACAAACAAGAUGAUACGAUUGAAGUAAAAUAAGAAUCAUAAUUAAAUGCUAGCUAAUAAGAAAAAAAGUAGCCUGAUACACUUGAAUAAGAAUAAGAAGAAGAGAAGAAAGAUAAAAUUAACAGCAAAAGAAAAAGUGAAGAAAGCAUUGAAGAAUCUUUAUCAUCUUAUUAUUAUUGCACUGGUUUAGAUAUUUUCAUUGUUUAAGAACCCUGUAUUAUGUGCUCAAUGGCUUUAAUCCAUUCAAGAGUAAGAAGAGUAUAUUAUUCACUUAAAAACCCUAAGCAGGAGCAAUUUGGUGGGUUGAAUGAGGAUCUAAUGAUUAACCACAUGGAUUCUCUCAAUCAUUCUUUCCUAGUUUUCUAAAAUGUAGAGUCUGAAUAUGCAAAUACCACUUUGAACAACUUAAAGCAACAAGAUGAGUUGCAAAAAUGAUUUUAUCAUCUCUGGCCUUUCACUAAUUUCUUCAUAAAUUUACGAGAGAAUCAUUUAUUUUUUAAUAUUUUCAAAGCUUGAGAUUUUUUAACUUUAUAGUAUUUAUUUAUAACAAACAGUUAAAAAUAGUUUAAAUUAU